UUGACUCAACGCUUGUACUUCAGUUCCCUGCUACAUCCGCCCUACCAUCCAAUGCCGCCCUCUCAGUGCAGCCCACAGCUCGGAUUGAGGUUUUCGAAUUAAGUUCUCCGCGUCCCCCCUCGAACGGAGUCGCCCAAUUUAUGCGGGAGCAGCUUUUUUUGCUUGUUCCAAGGCAUGGUAAUGGGCCGCCAGUUAUUAAUGUCGCGGCCGGGCGGAAGUUCACUCGGCUAGCCGCUGCCAAACUACCGGAAUACAGAAAAGCAGACGACACCCGAUAUCCGUCUGGGCAGCGGGACAUUGAGUCAUCUGACAAUGAUUCGCUCCCGGAUGUGCAUUGGUGCAAGGCGUUCCUUUGCCAUUAUUCGUGUUGGUCUCAUGGCAGACUGAGGAAGCCUCCUCGAUGGCGCUUGGAGCGUGUCGAGAUACCCCGCCAGGACAAUACAGCGAAUAGCAGCCAUGGUGGUGUUCACGGUGGCACUUAGCGCACGUUCACAUCUGAUUACUGCCAUUUGAACUCUCCCUGUAGUAAGUUCGAAAACAUCCACGCAUUGAUGCACACUUUUGUCUCUAGAGUGCCUUCGCUCAGAAUUGUUGAUCUUCGGAUGUGUUAUCCUACGACCAUGGACAUGAGGUGUAUUUAUUGAUUUGUUUCACGUUCGAUGGGGAUGUCCUCUCACGAACUCCAGUAUCUUCGCCUCUCCGUAUAAUUCUGUUGGCCGUUCUGCACCGAAUAUUCAUCAUAGG